AAUCUCGCAGGUGGAGACUGAAAAUAAAGACAAACUGAAAAUGGCAGAAAGACUUUCUGAUAUACGGAUUGUGCUGUUGGGCAACACUGGAUCAGGAAAAAGUGCAUCAGGAAACACCAUCCUGAAUGAAGACCUUUUUGAUGCGAAAAACUCUACAGGAUCAGUUACAGAAAACUGUAUCAAACAAGAAGCAAUUGUGGAUGGACGCAGCAUAUCAGUUAUUGACUGUCCAGGUCUGUUUGACACUCGAGAUCAGAGUAAAGAAAUGCUGCGACAUGUAACGAGGCAGUGCAUGAACCUAUCUUAUCCUGGGCCUCAUGCAUUUCUGCUGGUCAUGAAACUGGGUGUGAAAUUUACAGAGCAGGAGAAGAAUGUUAUAAAAUGGAUUCAGGAGAACUUUGGAGAAGAUGCCAUCAACUACACCAUCAUUCUGUUCACUCAUGCUGACAAGCUGAACAGCAAGCCUAUAGAGACAUAUAUUGGUAAAAGCAAUGAGCUAAUGCAAUUGAUCAAGGCCUGUUGGGGAAGAUAUCACUCAUUCAACAAUGAGAACAGAAAUAAUCGAGAUCAGGUCACAGAACUUCUGCAAAUGAUACGUAAAAUGGUUCUUUUUAAUGGAGGGAAGCAGUAUGCUUUUCAGAUAUAUAAAUAAAAGCUAAGCCAUAAGCUCAGCUUUAAAAGACGCUGGGGAAAAAAUUGUACUGAGUAGCAUUUUGUGACAGUAAAAAUAUGUUCCAAUAAUUUAGAUCAGAUUAACAAGCAGAAUUACAUUUUUGAGAUUUGCUGCCUUUUUUUUACUAUCACAUGGCACACGAUAUACAAUAACAUUCACUGUAAUGUUAAUAAUGAUUUUAUCACAUAAUACAGAUUUUUUAGUAUAUUUAAGCCUUUCGUUUUUCUUCUUUCAUUUAUUUUAAACAGCUGAUA